UGACGUCAGAGGUCAGGCGGGGUUACACCAGACCGAGGCUGUAAGUGCCACGCGAGCGUUUACCGGUUGUCUGACGUCUGGUGCAAAAUUUCCUCCAAAAUGGUGUCUGUUCUGAACACUGUGGAUACUGGCCAUGAAGAUAUGAUCCACGAUGCCCAGAUGGACUACUAUGGAGUCCGCCUGGCCACAUGUUCCUCAGACAAGACUGUGAAGAUCUUUGACAUCAAGAACGGAGGACAGAUCCUAGCAGCAGAACUCAGAGGACACGAGGGUCCGGUGUGGCAGCUGGCCUGGGCACACCCGAUGUACGGGAACAUCCUGGCAUCGUGUUCGUAUGAUAGGAAGGUCAUCAUAUGGAAGGAGACCAAUGGGCAGUGGGACAGGCUGUAUGAGUACGCUAACCAUGACUCUUCAGUGAAUUCUGUGUGCUGGGCUCCCCAUGAGUUUGGCCUAAUGCUGGUGUGUGGUUCAUCUGACGGAGCUGUGUCAAUCAUCUCAAGCACAGCUGAUGGCCAGUGGGACACCAAGAAAAUCAACAAUGCUCACACAAUUGGCUGUAAUGCAGUAAGCUGGUGCCCAGCCGUGGCUGCAGGCUCCCUGGUGGACCAGCCGUCCUCACAGCGCCCUCAGCAGACUCGCAGAUUUGUGACUGGAGGAUGUGACAACCUGGUCAAAAUUUGGAGAGAGGAGGAUGGCCAGUGGAAGGAAGAACAGAAACUGGAGGCUCACAGUGAUUGGGUGAGAGAUGUGGCCUGGGCUCCGUCCAUAGGACUCCCCACACAGACCAUAGCCAGCUGUUCACAGGAUGGAAGAGUCAUCAUCUGGAAGAGUGAAGAUGGCACGAGCUGGACCUCGAAGGUGUUGAACAAGUUCCCAGACGUGGUGUGGCAUGUGAGCUGGUCCAUAACGGGCAACAUCCUGGCCGUGUCAGGGGGAGACAACAAGGUGAGCCUUUGGAAGGAGUCGUUGGAAGGACAGUGGGUCUGCGUCAGCGAUGUCAACAAAGGUCAAGGUCAAACCAUAGCUCCAGCCGAACCCCAGAAACCCGAACAGUAACUUAUGAUAGAGUCCGUCUGUACAUGUUGGGAGGGGGAGGGGGGCAUGCUUGAUUCCACUGCUGUCAAGAGUUUCAGUAAAUACACUAUAUAACUUGGAAUUGUAUUUUGUAAUUGUACUUUACCAUGCUUACCUUGAUGUUUUUAUGAUGCUAAUGUUUGACAGAAAAAUCAAAGUUUUGUAAUGUGUCGUUUAAGAGGAGCAUUAAAAACACUACUAAUGUUAUUAUUACUAGCCAUCAUUCUGAUAAGCUACAGUUAGAAGUAACCAGGGUUUGUCUCCAUUAUAACUGCACAUGUAAAAUAUGUUUCUUGGAACAGUCCUAAAGAUUCUCAUAUACCUUAUGUAUCAGCUAGUGUAAUAGAAAUUUUGUAGAUGUAUCAAUGGAAACAACCAGCAGUUGAGAUCUGUUGGAUCCAUAGGUUCUUUGUUAAGGGCAGUAAAUUUUCUGUUGAGAACGUCUGUAUGUAUGUAAGAGUGUGUACGAAAAGUUGCAGGGCUAUACUUCUGUGAAUGCAUAUGUCACCAUUCCUUAUGUUUCUGAAUAAAUUGUUCAUCAAGAAUAAAGUUUCUCUUCUUAUAUAAUCU